UUUGAGCGCCAUAUGGGGUGCUGAUUGAUGUGGGGCGCGUUGCCGGUGGAGCAUGUCUUUCCUGAAGAGGCUGGCACCCUCAGCACUGCGAAAUCUCAGACCUAGAGCUGAUAGCCACGCAAAAGAGACCUUCCUCUCGCCUGGCAAACACACGCCAGGGGGUUACCUGUUCAACGAGAGUCCACCGCCCCCCGGCCAGAAGCGUCACUGGGAAUCGUGGGAGCUCCCCUGGUACUUCACGCUGGUGGCAGCUACUGUGAUGCUCACAGUGGGACUUAGCGCAAAGCCAGACACCAAUAUCACCACCUGGGCCAGGAAAGAAGCUGCAAAGGAGUUGAAGGAAGAAGGAAAGUUGUGAGAGUCUGCAAGUAGCCCUGUGAUAUAAUUCAAUGCAUGCUAGCCUGAGGAUGAGGCUUCAGUGAGCAGAAGCUUGCACAGCGAAUAAUCUGAUCUUCGGUGCAGCGCAAAACACAUAUGUAUGGAUGCAUGGGUGCAUGCAUGGAUCGUCGUCCUUGAGGUUUCGUUAAGAGACUACUGAUGUAUUGGGUGCCAAAACAAAAAUCUAGCAGCUUUGUUUCUCUUCAGAGGGCUGCUUGAAGCAAGAGAUGUUUUUGAGCAGGUCAGAACUGGCCAACGGCAUCGUGCUGAUGAUCGUGUAAUACAGGCGCAACCGUC